CAGCGGUGGAGUAAGAGGGUGGGCGGUGGCGUGGGGCCGCGCGCUGGGGUGGUGGUACCUGAGGCCGGAUCCCAGGGGCCGGGUUGUGUCGCCGCUGCUCCGGGAAGGGCAGGGAGUGAAACUAUGUAGCCUUUUACGAGUCUUGCUUUGCCCCAUCUGAAGUCCAUAUGGCUCUUUAUGAUGAAGAUCUCCUGAAAAAUCCUUUCUACCUGGCCCUUCAAAAGUGGCGUCCUGACUUGUGCAACAAGGUGGCCCAACUUCAUGGCAUUGUCUUAGUUCCCUGCAAAGGAAGCCUAACAAGCAACGUUCAGUCUACUUGUCAGUUUGAGUCCUAUAUUUUGAAACCAGUGGAAGAACACUUUCAGACCUUAAAUGGAAAGGAUGUCUUUAUACAAGGAAACAGGAUUAAAUUAGGAGCUGGUUUCGCCUGUCUUCUCUCAGUGCCCAUUCUCUUUGAAGAAACUUUCUACAAUGAAAAAGAAGAAAGUUUCAGCCUACUGUGUAUAGCCCAUCCUUUGGAGAAGAGAGAGAGUUCAGAAGAGCCUUCAACACCCUCAGAUACCUUUUCCUUGAAAACCAUCGAAGAUGUGAGAGAGUUUUUGGGAAGACACUCGGAGAGAUUUGACAAGAACAUUGCCUCUUUCCAGCGAACAUUCAGGGAAUGUGAAAGAAAGAGCCUCCGUCACCACAUAGACGCGGUAAAUGCGCUCUACACCAAAUGCCUCCAGCACCUUCUGAGGGACUCUCACCUGAAGAUGCUUGCCAGGCAUGAGGCCCAGAUGAACCUGAUGAAGCAGGCGGUUGAGAUGUACGUCCAGCACGAUAUUUAUGAUCUGGUCUUUAAAUAUGUGGGGACCAUGGAAGCAAGUGAGGAUGCUGCCUUUAACAAAAUCACAAGAAGCCUUCAAGAUCUUCAGCAGAAAGAUAUUGGUGUGAAACCUGAGUUCAGCUUCAACAUACCUCGUGCAAAGAGAGAACUGGCUCAGCUGAACAAAUGUACCUCCCCACAGCAGAAGUUGGUUUGUUUGCGAAAGGUGGUGCAGCUCAUUACACAGUCUCCUAGCCAGAGAGUUAACUUGGAGACUAUGUGUGCUGAUGAUCUGCUAUCAGUCCUGUUAUAUUUGCUUGUGAAAACAGAGAUACCUAAUUGGAUGGCAAAUUUGAGUUAUAUCAAAAACUUCAGAUUUAGCAACUCGACAAAAGAUGAAUUGGGAUACUGCUUGACCUCAGUUGAAGCUGCAAUUGAAUAUAUUCGGCAAGGAAGCCUCUCUGUCAAACCGCUGGAGUCUGAGGGAUUUGGUGACAGACUGUUCCUUAAGCAGAGAAUGAGCUUACUGUCUCAGAUGACUUCAACUCCCAUUGACUGCCUGUUUAAGCACAUUGCUUCAGGUAACCAGAAAGAAGUGGAAAGACUUCUGAGCCAAGAAGACCAAGAUAAAGAUGCCAUCCAAAAGAUGUGCCACCCCCUGUGCUUCUGUGAUGACUGUGAGAAACUUGUCUCUGGGAGGCUGAAUGAUCCUUCAGUUGUCACUCCAUUCUCCAGAGAUGACAGGGGUCAUACACCACUCCAUGUGGCUGCCCUCUGUGGGCAGGCAUCCCUCAUUGACUUCCUGGUUUCCAAAGGCGCUGUGGUGAACGCCACGGACUAUCACGGGUCAACUCCACUUCAUCUUGCGUGUCAGAAGGGCUAUCAGAGCGUGACGCUGCUGCUGUUGCACUACAAGGCCAGCGCUGAUGUGCAAGACAAUAACGGCAACACCGCUCUCCACCUGGCUUGCGCUCAUGGCCAUGAAGACUGUGUGAAGGCUUUGGUCUACUACGAUGUGCAGUCAUGCAGACUAGAUAUUGGUAAUGAGAAAGGAGACACUCCCCUACACAUAGCUGCACGCUGGGGUUACCAGGGCAUCAUAGAGACGUUGCUACAAAAUGGAGCAUCCACAGAGAUCCAGAACAGAAUGAAAGAAACGCCCCUCAAGUGUGCGUUAAACUCAAAGAUUCUGUCUAUAAUGGAAGCCCGUCACAUGUCCUUUGAAAGGAGACAACAGUCUUCAGCAGUCCCUGUGCCACCCCCUCAACACUUCAUGGAUUCCAUCAGCCAGGGGUCCUCCGCCUCCAGCUUCUCCUCUGUGUCCACCAGCUCCAGAAAAAGGGAACCCAAGAAGGACUACAGAGAGGUAGAAAAACUUUUAAGAGCAGUUGCUGAUGGAGAUUUAGAAAUGGUGCGUUACCUUUUGGAGUGGACAGAGGAGGACCUGGAGGAUGUGGAGGAUGCUGUCAGUGCUGCAGAUCUUGAAUUUUGUCACCCCUUGUGCCAAUGCCCAAAAUGUGCUCCAGCUCAAAAGAAGCUGGCAAAGGUUCCUGCCAGUGGGCUUGGUGUGAAUGUGACCCACCAGGACGGCUCCUCCCCACUGCACGUUGCUGCCCUGCAUGGUCGGGCGGACCUCAUCCCCCUCCUUUUGAAGCAUGGUGCCAAUGUGGCUGCCAGAAACGCCAACCAAGCUGUCCCACUCCACCUGGCCUGCCAACAAGGCCACUUUCAGGUGGUGAAGUAUCUAUUAGAUUCCAAUGCAAAGCCCAAUAAAAAAGAUGUAAGUGGAAACACACCCCUCAUGUACGCCUGUUCCAGUGGCCACCAUGAAGUCGCAGCACUGUUGCUACAGCACGGGGCCUCCAUUAAUGCCUCUAACAAUAAGGGCAACACAGCCCUGCAUGAGGCUGUGAUAGAGAAGCAUGUCUUCGUCGUGGAGCUGCUGCUGCUACACGGAGCAUCGGUCCAGCUCUUGAACAAGAGGCAGUGCACAGCUAUAGACUAUGCUGAGCAGAAUUCAAAAAUAAUGGAAUUACUCCAGGUCGUACCGAGCUGUGUGGCCACGUUAGAUGGUGCUGGCGAAACAGACCACAAGGAGCACGUUACCGUUAAGAUCAGGAGAAAAUGGAACUCAAAAAUGUAUAAUCUACAAGAUGAACCUUUUACAAGACAGUUUUACUUUGUCCACUCAGUCAGUCAGUUUAAGGGAAGGACUUCAGGGGAGAUUAUGGCAAGAGAUAAAAGUGUCCCUAAUUUCCCUGAAGAAUCUUUACAUGAGCCAGGAAGGCAAAAAGUCACACAGAAGCAGAAGAACCUAUCAGACCAGAGCACAUCGCAGACUGCUGACAAAGGAGACGGUGACCAGCCGAGGCCUGGGCUGAAACAAACUGCUCCUGGGAACAUGCAAAUGCUCCGGAGACACACUGUCAAGGACACAGGCACCGAAGGCCCACCGACUGCUGACAACCCAGCCACUCCCCACCAGGCUAGCAUUUCCCAGUCUUGAUAGUAAAUAAGGAAUUAAAUUUGCUAUCAAGAAGUGAGUCCUUAACAAGAAGAUGCCGAGCAUGAAUACAGACAACAUAGAACUAAAUGUACUUUCUGUUUGGCUUGAGAGAAAGCAGAAAGUUCCUGAAAGCUUUCCUAUGGCCCAAAGAAUACAACAAAGAAAAAAAUCACCAUCUCUUUCCUCUUCAGAGCUAAUGAAUACCCUUGAAAAGGAAUAUACAAAAAUUCUAGGGGUGUCAAUUCCUUAAGACUGGGGUGUUUCUUCUUUUAAAAAAUUUUUUUUAUUGCUUUAGAGAGAGAUGAAGGAAGGAAAAACUUCAAUUUGUUGCUUCUUGUAUGUGCCCUGACCUUGGCAUGUUGGGACAAUGCUCUAACCAACUUAACUACCCAACUAGAGCUAUUUAUUCUUACGUAUUAGGGUGCCUUGGUUAUAGUGAGACGUUUCACCACCAGAUUCUGACCUCCUACUGAAAGGUGCUAAACCUGUCAACUAUAUAAAUUAACAAACCACAAGCUAAAAGAAUUCCUCCAUCUGCGAUGAGCUGAAGAGAAGCAAUUUAGGUUUAAUGGUACUACUAGAGGCCCACUGCACAAAAUUCAUGCACGGAUAGGGGGCCUGCCGGCUGCUGGCCGGGCCUCCCUUCCCCGGCUGCCAGCUGACAGCCAGGGCCUUCCUUCAUUCCACACUGCCCCUGGUGGUCAGCGCACAUCAUAGCGAGCAAUCAAACUCCUGGUCCGUGGAACUCCCCAGGGGACACUUUGCAUAUUAGGCUUUUAUAUAUAUAUAGAUGGAAGCCUGGCAGAAAUGUCACAUUAGAAUGAAGAAAAUAGGACCUGGAAAAUGUUCCUUUGAUAAGCAACACUUGAACCCAAAGAUGCCUAAAUGCCAUUUUGAUGUUCAUUUUCGUAAGAAGGACAUAUAUGACCUAUUCUACACUAUGUAUGUGGGAAAAGGUGGGUAUAAUUUUUCUUACAACAAAAUAGAGCUAUUUGGUCACUGCACAUGUGCACCAAAAUCCCUUUGUUAAAAACCUUUCCUUAAAUGUCACCCUUGAAGGAUGGUGGUAAUAGAAAAUAGAUUUGGCACAUCUUUCCUUAGUUUUUGGUUUUUUUCCCUCCUUUUUUAGCGAGAGGAAGAGAGAGAGACAUCAAUUUGUUGUUCCACUUAUUUAUGUAUUCAUUGGUUGAGUCUUGUAUGUGCCCUGACUGGGGAUCAAACCUGCAACCUUUGCAUAUGGGGACAACUCUCUAACCAACUGAGCUACUCCAGCCAAGGAUUUAUUCUCUUUUGAUCAGAUUCAAAACUUACAGCACAAACCAGAUCAGAGUAACUUUGAGUUAGAAAUUAUUGCCACGUAUUCCUUUUUAUGAGUUUCUACUAAUUAUACUUAUUUUUUUAUUAAUUGGUCUAGAUCCAAAACAUGGGUUUAUCCUGAGUACAUUUUCAAAUAACUUUGUAAUAGGGAAAGGUUUUGUGCAUGUUCUUAGAAAUACUUGUGUAUGUACAAAAGGGAGGGGCUGAUUAUUUUUCUACAAAGUAAUUUAUGACUUCUAAUUUUCUAAUGUGCCUUGGGUAUGUGCCAAAUGAUGGAAAAGAAACAGUAAACUUUAUGAUUCUUGAA